UGCUCUGCUUGACCCUCAUUCUUACACACAGCCCUCAAAGACCCAGCAUUCACACAGCAUACAAACCCAACAGGCACAAUCAUGAGCACGAAAUAUUCAGCCUCCGCAGAGUCGGCGUCCUCUUACCGCCGUACCUUUGGCUCUGGUUUGGGCUCCUCCAUUUUUGCUGGCCACGGUUCCUCAGGUUCCUCUGGCUCCUCAAGACUGACCUCUAGAGUUUACGAGGUGACCAAGAGCUCCUCUUCUCCCCAUUAUUCCAGCCACCGUGCAUCCGGCUCUUUCGGAGGGGGCUCGGUGGUCCGUUCCUACGCUGGCCUUGGUGAGAAGCUGGACUUCAAUCUGGCCGAUGCCAUAAACCAGGACUUCCUCAACACACGCACUAAUGAGAAGGCCGAACUGCAGCACCUUAAUGACCGCUUCGCCAGCUACAUCGAGAAGGUGCGCUUCCUGGAGCAGCAGAACUCUGCCCUGUCAGUGGAGAUCGAGCGUCUGCGGGGUCGCGAGCCCACCCGUAUCGCAGAGAUGUACGAGGAGGAGAUGAGAGAGUUGCGCAGACAGGUGGAAGCACUGACCAAUCAGAGAUCUCGUGUGGAGAUCGAGAGGGACAACCUGGCCGAUGACCUACAGAAACUGAAGCUCAGACUUCAAGAGGAGAUCCACCAGAAAGAAGAAGCUGAAAACAACCUUUCUGCUUUCAGAGCUGAUGUCGAUGCUGCCACUCUGGCCAGGCUGGACCUGGAAAGACGUAUUGAGGGUCUUCAUGAAGAGAUUGCAUUCCUCAAGAAGAUCCAUGAAGAGGAGAUCCGUGAGCUGCAAAACCAGAUGCAGGAGAGUCAGGUGCAGAUCCAAAUGGACAUGUCCAAACCAGACCUGACUGCAGCUCUCAGAGAUAUUCGCCUGCAGUACGAGGCUAUCGCUGCCAAGAAUAUUAGCGAGGCCGAGGACUGGUAUAAGUCUAAGGUUUCAGAUCUGAACCAGGCAGUAAACAAGAAUAACGAGGCUCUCAGAGUAGCCAAGCAGGAGACCAUGGAGUUCCGUCACCAGCUCCAGUCCUACACCUGCGAGAUUGACUCUCUCAAGGGCACCAAUGAGUCUCUCAUGAGGCAAAUGAGGGAGAUGGAGGAGCGGAUGGGUCGCGAGGCGGGUGGUUAUCAGGACACCAUCGCCCGUCUCGAGGCUGAGAUCGCCAAAAUGAAAGACGAGAUGGCCCGCCACCUCCGCGAGUACCAGGAUCUGCUGAAUGUGAAGAUGGCUUUGGAUGUGGAGAUCGCCACCUACAGGAAGCUACUGGAAGGAGAGGAGAGCAGGAUCUCUCUGCCAGCACAGUCCUUUUCAUCCCUGAGUUUCAGAGAGAGCAGUCCAGAGCAGCACCACCACCAGCAGCAGCAACCACAACGCUCAUCUGAAGUCCACUCGAAGAAAACAGUCCUGAUCAAGACCAUCGAGACCCGCGAUGGCGAGGUCGUCAGCGAGUCCACACAGCACCAGCAGGACAUCAUGUAAACCUUGAGAAACAGAUCGAGUUUCACAGAACCCCUUUCCCUAACUUGCAUUUUCACUGAUGGCCUCAGGCUUUUUUUAAGCACACACCCAGUAUUGCCAUGACCCAUUACCGCAUGUGUGGAUGACGCAUGGAGACAAAAGGAAAGAGAGCUGAAAAACCAGAGGGAAAAAAGUUAAGUUCAGAAUUAACUGAUUAACUGAUUUAAUGAAUGUAUAUGUGUGUGUGUGUGUGUGUGUGUGUGUGUGUGUGCGUGUGUGCGUGUGUGUGUGUGUGUGUGGUUGAGUCAUAUCUGAGACACUGUGUUCCACAGCUACAAAAACAAAAUAAAUUUCACUGUAUUUUCUCCUAUGAAA